AAAAUUUACUUCUCCCUCAGACUCACUGAUGAUCAGACAGCGGUAAAAUGUCUGAUGCUGAGGUGGUGUACUCGGAUGUGAAGUUCACAAGAUCAAAUGGAAAGACAAAAGAAACAGUUUCCUCAUCACCAGACACCACUUACUCUGAAAUCAAGACUUCGAAAAAACAGCCACCCGCCGAACCGCCUGUUAGUGCAUCGUCGUUCCUCUACAGCACUCCGCCGCCGGCCGAGUCGAACAGAAAAUCAACAGUCACCUGUGAGAGAGUGGCUCUGCUCGUUCUCAGCUUUCUGCUGGUAGCCGCCCUGGUUGCUCUCGGUCUUAUGGUGUCUGAUGUGAUGACGAAACAUCAUGUCAAAGAUGAGGAGAUUAAAGCUUUAAAGAAGAACAUCUCAGAGAGUCAAUGUAAAACUCCACCAGUUGUGCAGCCUAUAUGUCCAACAACUCCAGAAUUGAAUGAACCAUGUCACAUAUGUGAAGCCGGCUGGGAGAAACAUGGAGAACAGUGCUAUUAUUUCUCCACCAAUAAAUCAACCUGGAACCAGAGCAGAGAUGAAUGUAGAGGUAGAGGAGGAGAACUGGUGAAGAUAGACAGCAGAGAGGAGCAGAAAUUCCUGGAGAGAAGACUGAGAGAUAAAAUGACUGAGGCUGAGGACAAGUUCUGGAUCGGACUGACAGACUCACAGACAGAGGGGACAUGGUUGUGGGUGGACGGCUCAGCACUGACUACAGAUACAAGUUUGAUUUUUUGGGCCAAGAACAACAACAACAAAGAGCCAGACAACUGGCCAGGGCGCGAUAAUGAAAAUCCUGAAGGAGAGGACUGUGUGAGGAUGGGGGAGAAAGGAGGAGCUGAUGACCUGAAGUGUUGGUUUGAUAAAUCCUGCAAAAUUCCUCAUAAAAGUAUUUGUGAGAAAUCAGGAAAACGUGGAAAGUUUUUAAAAGUUUGUCAGCUUGAACAGUCUAAGAAAUAAUCUCAGUAGGAUACAGAAGGUGGAGCGAUGCUGGUUUUAUUUCGUCACAAACAUUUAAAGUUAAUCUCAAGACAAAUAAAAUACUCGCUUCGAACAAUAUUUAGAGUCUGAUAUCCACCCCAGUAAUAUAUAUAUAUAUAUAUUAAACAAUUUUCUUGAAUAAACUCUCCUUUUUUUGUUUUUCUUUCUUUUUUCUGCAGCUUAAGAAUUUACAAGAAAUAUUUCUCUCAAACUGUUUAGACACGACUGCUCCAAUAGCUGGAAGAUAAAUGUAAAUAAACUGUCAUUUAUCAAAUACUCUGUGGUUAUUGACGUCCUGCUGGUGUCUGUCUGUUGGUGGUAUCUUCUGUGACGUGUUUGAAGCCGUGACGUAGAAGUGGAUUAUUCACUGCUGUGUUUUCAGAGCUUUCAGAGGAUUUUCUGAUAAACAACAGCUAUGAAAACAUAAAUGAAAACAGAAAUGCACAUUAAAAAAAAAUCUUCAAAUACUUCAAACACAAAUGGACAAGAAGAGACGACAGGUCCAAGUUAAAAGUUUAGUAACAACUUUCAAAGUCAACAAGUUAAAGAGAAAACCUCAAAACAGGAAAAUGAAAAGCAUGUUUCUCCUCUUCUGAUAAGAACUGUUUCAAAAUAGCUGUCACACCGUGGUGAGGGUGUCUUGUCUUGGGUUUGUUUUGUCCUGUCAUUUCCUGUUUUAUUUUGAAAAGUAUUUCUCCUCUCGUUUCAGGUCACUUGCCCUUCCUCAUGUGUCUCAGUCGGAUUGUCCUAAGUGUUUCCACCUGUCCCCUAUUUCCCUCCAUGUGUUUAAAUAGUCUGUGUUCCCCUUGUCUUGUGCCAGAGUGUCAUCGUCCUUGUCCUGCACCAGAGCCUUGUUCCAUGUCCACAGCCAUAGUAGUUGCCCAAGUAAGCCGUUUAUACCUCUAGAAGAGUGAUUUUUUGUUUGUAAAUUUUCCAGUAGCUAAAGUUCAUAGCCUUUUGUUUUUCCUCGUUAACGAGUGAUUUUUUGUUUGUUUAUUCUUCCAUAGAUUAGAUUCAUAGUCCUUCGGUUUUCCUCCAUUCGGAGCGUUUUGUGUUUCUCGAUUUGUUUCUUUUGAUUAGAGUUUUUUCCUCCUCCUGGAGAGUUUUUGUUUCUCAGAAUUCAGAGUUAGUGUCUAGGUUUUUAUAGCCAUUUGUUUGUCACUCUGAGUUCUCCGGUGAAUUCAAUAAAAGCCUUUUUGUUAUUCAA